AUGGAGAUUAGAAACAAUACUCCAACCCACGCUACGUCCACCGCUCUGGUCCGCCAGCCCUUCCCGAGUACAAGAAGUGGAGAGAGCAAAGGUUUCGCUGUCACGCUGCUUGACUGUCUCCUCUCACUCGGAAGCUCCUCUCCACGUCCCGGCACGCCCAACUCGACUCUUCCUGCUGCACCAAGGCGAAACUACGAUUCAUAUGACGUCACGUUUGACCACGGACCUGUUGGUCUCGAUCUUGAGACGGACUGGUACGGGCGGCAGGCUGUGGUGAAGGGUUUCCGCGCGAUCAACUCGGCAGGCGACGAUGGACCAGCCAAGCGCUGCGGACUCAUUCGAGUCGGAGACGUCCUCACUGCGAUCAACGGGGAAGCGUGCCUCGAAAUGAACUUCCAGCAAACGUUGGAGGCGCUUCGUCUCGCUGGCAAGUCGCGCCACACUCUCCACUUCAAGUCACUGGAAGCUGCUGGAGACUUGAGCGUCUACGCUAACGACAAGGACGUCAUGCAGGCACGUAAGUUCAUCCACCAGCACAAACAGCGAUUCUACCGACCGCCUCGCGCCACUGGAGGGGAAAAUCCUCACGAGUUGGUUCUGGGGUGCAUCGAGCGCCUGCGAGGAGAGUUCGUGACGGCUCUGAAUUUCCAUCGCGAGGAAACGGGCGAAUUCUUGCUCGCUGCGUCCUGCGCUAGCGAUGGUUCCGGGCCCUUUAUCUUUCACACAAUGCGCGAUUCCCACCUGCGUACGAUGCGCGAGCUCCCGCAGAGCGAAGACUCCGCUGUGUAUCUAGGACGCUUGGAGCCCAGCUUCCUCGGUACCGAGUUCACACUAUUCGAUCAUCACACGAGCUCCAGCCAACAGCACGACAACGAACUCGCGUUCCUCGUGUACACCGCCAACGUUCUCGGCCGUGUGCCCAACUCCCUGAAGUGUGCCGUAUCCAAACCUGUCGAAGACGACCAAGACGACGAAGAGCUCGAGAACCCCAAAGGUUCUAACAAGUCAGGUACGCUUCGUCAGCAACGUUCAGGAAUGGGCAUCGACGGCGCCAUUUUCAACACACACCCUGCCCGACUCGGCCGCAGUGCGAGUUUAUCGGACCGAUUCAAUCGCCAGCAGCAGUCGCGCACCAUGUCGAUCGCUGAACGCCUGCGAGGUUUCACGCUGGAGGAUCUGGAUCAACGCCUGGAGUUCGCGGCGGACGGAGCUCUCAGCUGGCUGGACGAUGACGACGUCGAGGGCCACGCGCGCUCCAUGCGCAUCAAGAAGGCUCGGAUGCGAGGCGAGCGCACCGCCUCGAUGGGGCAGAUUUCGUACGGAGCCGUCGAGCAGGAAGAGUACGAGAAAGACCUGCUCGUCUUCGAGACCAAGCAGCCGGCGUGGAACGAGGAGCUGGGGGCCUGGACGCUGAACUUCCAGGGCCGCGUGAAGGUCGCCUCGAAGAAGAACUUCCUGCUCGUUGGCAACGAGACGAAUGAGCAUGGUGACGAAGUGGAAAUUAUGGCGUUGCGCUUUGGCAAAGUGUCCAAGACCCGCUUCACGCUGGACUACGCGGCGCCUCUCGCCCCCAUCCAGGCGCUCGCUGUUGCCUGCUCCGCCUUCGCCAACAAGAGAGCUGUCACAUAG